CAGGUCUUCUUCUCCAUUCUGCCGAGGCAAUUUCAGGAAAAUGGAUAUGUCAGAGAUAACCAAGAAGCUCGGACUAUCAGAUUCUAAACUCGCUGUGCGAAAAGCGUUGGAACCCCGGCGCUUAUGCGACGUUCAAUUCGAUUCCUCUGUCAUUGGAGUUGGGGAAGUUUGCAAAGCUAUAAUUUGCUUGGAAAUUGCCGCCACGAGUAUGGGAAUUUUGUUUGAUCGAUCGAGUGCCACCAGGCUAAGUGGGAUGUCGGAAAAGGCAUAUAUCAGAUCGUACAAUUUGUUGCACAAUGGCCUAGGAGUCAAGACAAAGCUUGAUAUCAGGGAAUUAGCUAUUCAAUUUGGGUGUGUCAGAAUUAUUUCAUAUGUUCGAGAUGGUUUGAAUUUUUACAAGGAACGCUUCCUUUCAUCAUUGCCGGCUUCUCGACGUGCAAGUGCUGACUUCACUCGUCCUGUAUUCAUUGCUGUUGCUUUUUAUUUAUGUGCCAAGAAACAUAAGCUCAAAGUAGACAAACUUAAGUUAAUCGAACUAUGUGGUACCUCUGAAUCCGAAUUUUCCAGCGUUUGUACGUCCAUGAAGGACUUAUGCCAUGACAUUUUUGGGGUUGCCAAAGAAAAGAAGGAUCCAAGAGCAGUGAAAACCAAUCGAGAUUUAUUGGAUGCGUUGCCAGAAAAAAGGAGAACUGAGGAUGGUGGUUAUUCAUCUGAUGAAGGACCUAAUCUGUCAAGUUAUAAGAAACGCAAACAAAUGGAAAAACAUGACUAUGACAAGUCCGUCUUCAGUGCUUGCAUUGAUCAAAACAGAGCAGAAGAUCUAAUGGCGAAGCGUGGAUUGGGAAGGAGAUGGAUGCAAGAAGCAGAAGAAAGGAGAAUUUGAUGAGAAAUAAGAGUUUUCAUACCCGUUGUUGUAAAUUUUCUAACUGUAAUUGUAAGUUAAGUUGAGAAUAUAGAAAAUUAGAAUUGUUAAUUGUCAUGUGUUGUAAAUUUCUUUAUGUAUUGAAAAUUUGCUCAUUUUAGUUGCUAAUUAAGUUGCUAGCAA